ACUAUCAACUAUCAUUAUAGAAAAUGAGCAAACCACUCGAUGACGAAGAAGUAAAGCAAGAGCUUAACAAAAUGGUAUCCUUUAUCAAACAGGAAGCGGAGGAGAAAGCCAGAGAGCUCCGCGUUAAAGCUGACGAGGAGUACGAGAAUGAGAAAGCUAAGAUUGUAGCACAGGAGCAGCACCAUUUAAAUGCAGUAUACGAUAAGAAGUUCAAACAAGCACUUGUCGCUCGCAAGAUCGCCCAAUCCACCCAAACUAACAAGGCACGGUUGAGAGUAUUGAGCAGUCGCGAAGAACAUCUGAACUCCCUAUUCGAGGAGGUUAAGAACAAGGUAGAUAAACUCUCAGAAUCUGAUGAUUACGCCGAUAUUUUGAGGAGAUUGAUAGUACAGUCAAUGUUGAAGUUGAUGGAGGGACAGGUCAUCAUCCAAGCUAGACCUAAAGAUGAGAAGGUUAUUGAAAGCAUCCUCGACGAUGCUAAGAAUGAAUUCAAGGAGGCCACUGGUAAGGAUGUCGACGCACAAAUACAAACCUCUCUCGAGGACGCGUCAGCGGGUGGUGUAAAGCUAAACGGAUUCGGUGGUCGCAUUUCCAUCGAUAACACUAUCGAAGCACGUCUCAGCCUUCUUGAGGACCGAAUGCUGCCAGAAAUCAGAAUGGACUUAUUUGGACAAAACCCAAAUCGUAAAUUUGACAAUUAAAGUGCAUUUAAGCUGUUUCUACUAUUGAUUUAUACCUACUAAACAUACAAAAGAGUGAAAAAUUAAUUAUUAUCGGGAUGUGUGGUGAUAGAUAGUAAAACUGAGAAUUUUAUUAAAGAAUGACUAACUGUUAUAAUCGAAAAAGCCUUGAGCCUUAUAGCCUUAUAAUGUGCCUAUUUUUAAGCAACUUAAAUCCAAUUUGGGUAAUUAUUAAGAAAAUUAGAAGAGGAAUCUUGGAAGUAUGUUGGAUGCUGCAAAACCAACACCCAAAGCAAAUGCACCAACGGCAGCGGCAACACCUCUACGCUGUACGACAGGUCUUUGUUGGAUUUCUUCUGGAUUAGCAGGUGGAUUUUGGCCAAAUGAGACAACCUUGAUUUCAUUUCCAGUCUCAUCUUCCAACUCACGUUUUCUUUUACCUUCGCCUUCCAAAGAUUCUGUUGAAACUGAUGGUUGGAUAGUCUCAAGGACUUCUUCUUUGACAACCUUAACUGGGCUUGAUUGUGAUAAGUUCUUUGAUUGCUUGAUAUCGUCAACUAAAUCCUUAGCUCUCUCAAUAUCAGCAAGAACUUGGUCGUCAUUCAAUGCCUUCUUGAGUGGUGAUUCCUUUUUGUCAACAACAAUAGUCUCCUCAACGGACUCUUCAAUAACAGCCUCCUUUGGUGCCUUCUUAGCUUUCUUCUUACCUGGCGUCAAGUUGUGGGUGAGUGGUGAAGGUGAAGGGGAUCUCGAUUGAUGUCUGGCUGAUCUUCUUGGUGCAGGGUUCUUUGUAGGUGUUGGUAUUUUCGAUGCGGAUUUUGCUGGUGAUUCUAAGCUAGCUUGGGCUUUCGCAGGUGAACUCUUAAUAUCCUCUGAGGUUUGUCUAUUGGAAGAGCGCUUUUUGAAGUCUGUUAAAUCUGGUGUGUCAGCUUUGGCAAGAGCGUCGACGUAUUCCGCCAUCGCGUAACGCUGACCGAGCUCUUCAGCGAUAGCGAUAGGAAUCCUAAUCCAGCUAAUUU